GCGGAGCGGCCGCCGCCCCAGCCGCGGCGGAGUGAAUGGGUUGCCAUGGCAACUGAGUGAGGCAGGCAGCGAGGCCGCCGCGGCCCCAGCCGCCUCCGCUCCGCAGCGUGUGGGCGAGCAGGCAGCGGGCGGCCGCCGGGACAGCCGAGGGGACGCCGGGAGCGCAGCGGCAGGAUGGAGGACGGCUUCUCCAGCUACAGCAGCCUCUACGACACCUCCUCGCUGCUCCAGUUCUGCAACGAUGACAGUGCCUCUGGCAGCAGUAUGGAGGUCACAGAUCGCAUUGCCUCUCUGGAGCAGCGUGUCCAGAUGCAGGAAGAUGACAUCCAGCUGCUCAAAUCUGCCCUUGCUGAUGUGGUCCGGCGCUUGAAUAUCACAGAGGAGCAGCAGGCCAUGCAGAACAAGAAAGGACCUACCAAAGCAAGACCACUGGUACAAACCCUGCCUUUAAGGACCACAGUUAACAAUGGAACUGUAUUACCAAAGAAACCAAGUGGCUCUUUACCUUCUCCAUCAGGAACCAGAAAGGAGACUGUAGCACCAGCAGCAAAAAGCACCAUUAAGAGAACCAGUUCAGCUGAGCGUGUGUCCCCAGGAGGUCGGAGGGAAAGCUAUGGAGAUUCCAAAGGGAGUCGCAACCGCACUGGUUCCACCAGCAGUUCAUCUAGUGGUAAAAAGAACAGUGAAAGCAAACCCAAGGAACCAAUGUUCAGUGCAGGGAAGCGCCGUGUGACACACUGCAAAGUAACUCUACAGAUGUCACUGACUCCAAAACUGCUUGAUUCGCAUGCGAACAAGGCUGAACCCCUUGAUCUGCCGAUGGAGCAGCAAGAGCCAGCACGUUCUGAAUCUGGACAAACUUCAUCAGAAGUUCACAGGACACCCACUUUGGCCUUGCCACUUCCCAAAAGUCCUAGUCAGACCUUCAUGGCAUUUCCCAGAUCUCCUAGUUUUAUAAGCCCCAUGAAGUCCCCAAAGGAAGGAUACGUAAAAAUGUUUCUUCGUGGACGUCCUGUUACCAUGUACAUGCCCAAAGAGCAAGUGGAAUCUUACAAUUUGGAAGCAAAAGUAGAACUACCAGCCAAGAGGCUUAAACUGGAAUGGGUCUAUGGAUACAGGGGUCGGGACUGUCGCAGCAAUCUCUAUCUCCUGCCCACGGGCGAGACCGUGUAUUUCAUCGCCUCUGUAGUUGUGUUGUUCAAUGUCGAAGAGCAACUUCAGAGACAUUACACUGGUCAUAAUGAUGAUGUGAAGUGCCUGGCUGUUCAUCCUGAUAGGAUCACUAUAGCAACAGGUCAAGUUGCAGGGACAUCCAAGGAUGGGAAACAAUUGCCACCACAUGUGCGUGUCUGGGAUUCUGUAACACUGAAUACACUGCAUGUCAUCGGAAUGGGGUUUUUUGACCGAGCUGUCACUUGCAUUGCUUUUUCUAAAUCUAAUGGAGGAAGUAGCCUGUGCUCUGUGGAUGACUCCAAUGACCAUGUGCUUUCAGUGUGGGACUGGCAGAAAGAAGAAAAGCUGGCAGAUGUCAAGUGCUCUAAUGAGGCUGUAUUUGCUGCAGAUUUUCACCCUACCGAUACAAAUAUAAUAGUUACAUGUGGAAAAUCACACCUCUAUUUUUGGACACUAGAAGGAAAUUCCCUUAUUAAAAAGCAAGGAUUAUUUGAGAAACAAGAGAAGCCAAAGUUUGUCCUGUGUGUGACCUUUUCUGAAAAUGGUGAUACUAUUACAGGAGACUCAAGUGGAAACAUUUUGGUUUGGGGGAAAGGUACCAACAGAAUAAGCCAUGCAGUUCAAGGAGCACAUGAGGGUGGAAUAUUUGCACUGUGCAUGCUGCGAGAUGGCACACUGGUCUCAGGAGGUGGAAAAGACCGAAAGCUGAUAUCUUGGAAUGGAAAUUACCAAAAAAUUCACAAAACUGAGAUUCCAGAGCAGUUUGGUCCAAUAAGAACAGUAGCAGAAGGAAAAGGGGACGUUGUAUUAAUAGGAACCACCAGAAACUUCGUCCUACAGGGCACGCUGUCAGGAGACUUUUUCCCAAUUACCCAGGGUCACACUGAUGAGCUUUGGGGACUUGCAGUCCAUUCCUCUAAGCCUCAGUUCUUCACAUGUGGACAUGACAAACACAUUACACUCUGGGAUGCAACCACUCACCAUCCUAUCUGGAGUAAGAUUAUAGAGGAUCCAGCACAGUCUUCAGGUUUCCAUCCUUCUGCAUCUGUUGUUGCAGUAGGAACGCUGACUGGAAGGUGGUUUGUGUUUGACACAGAAACAAAAGACUUGGUCACUGUACACACAGAUGGAAAUGAACAGCUGUCUGUAAUGCGUUACUCACCAGAUGGAAACUUCUUGGCAAUAGGUUCCCAUGACAACUGUAUUUAUAUAUAUGGUGUAAGUGAAAAUGGAAGAAAGUACACUAGAAUUGGCAAAUGUUCAGGUCAUUCCAGCUUCAUUACUCAUCUGGAUUGGUCUGUUAAUUCACAAUAUCUCGUGUCUAAUUCAGGAGACUAUGAAAUCUUAUACUGGAUCCCCUCUGCUUGUAAACAAGUUGUGAGUGUUGAAACAACUAGGGAUAUAGAAUGGGCCACUUACACCUGUACUUUAGGAUUCCAUGUUUUUGGUGUAUGGCCUGAAGGUUCAGAUGGUACAGAUAUCAACGCUGUCUGUCGAUCCCAUGGGAGAAAACUGCUAUCAACAGGAGAUGACUUUGGCAAAGUACAUCUCUUCUCAUAUCCAUGCUCACAGUUUAGGGCUCCCAGCCAUGUGUAUGGUGGACACAGUAGCCAUGUUACUAAUGUAGAUUUUCUCUGUGAAGACACCCAUCUCAUCUCCACAGGAGGAAAGGACACAAGUAUUAUGCAGUGGCGAGUCAUUUAAAGGAAACAUCAGCAUGAACAUACACAGUUGAGUUGACCAUGCACAGAACUUAUGUAUAAACUGUAUAUUUAAAACUUAACAGUAUGUUUGCAGUUUAGCCUGGUCACUGUGAUUUUUGUUUAAAAAAUUCUUACAAACCUCAGGAAAAUUAAGCCCUGUGCUGGUUACCUUACUCAGUCUAGUAUUUUUUUUUCAUUGUGUCACACCUUAAGAUUGAUUGUUCUCUGUUGUACAAUAUACAAUGCAGUACAAGUUUAAUAUAAGAAAUGUGGCUUGACAGUUUGCAAUACAGUGGUAUCAGCAGAAUGUGACUAUCUUAAAUGUUUUCUAUAAACACUGCUAAACUGGUCACAAAAAUGCCUUUCAAAGACUGUAUAUAUGUGCUUAUUUGUUUCACUAUCUACACUUUGUACUAUAUAUCUACUUAGAAAAAUCUAUGACAAUGUCAAGGUACUGAACUGUUUCUGCUGGAGGCUGAUGAAUAGAUAUAAAAAGUAUAAACUGCAAUGUAAGAUGCAAAAAUUAGUGUUCUAGACCUGAAAAUGUGAAUGCUGGUAAAUUUGCAUUCUCUUGGGAGCAGCACACCGUGGGUGUCACCCAUGAGGAGUUCUGUUCCCUUUCCAAUGAAUCAGCAGGCUUUGUCCCAGUUUAACCUGAAUUGCUCAGCAGGGCAUACAGAUGUCUGUGUGGUUCAGGUACUCUAUAUGAGUUUAAAUUAAAAAUCUUUUUACUUGUAUAUGAAAAAUUUCUUUUUGAAAACAAACCAAUAAAGCUUGGCCACAUCCCCAUUAUUGGCUCAUAUAUUUAACUAAUAUGUAUAUUAAUCAGCAUGAUGCUAUAUUGUACAUGUAUAAGAUUUUAGCAGUUCAUAACAAAUGGUAAGGCCAUCUAGCUUUACUUUUUUAUGCUUAUGGAUAUUGUAUAUUUGUAUUUUAAGACCAAGUAGACCAAGUCUAAAGAUAUCUUUUUAAGUGUACCAUAAACCUGCAGAGGGUAAAGGAAGACUUGGAAGCCUACAUGAAAUAUUAAUGUGUAACUUCAGGCCCCUGUGUUUUGUGCAUGGAUGGGUAUUUAUAGUAUGAAAUAAGAUUGUGUUUUGCAAUGAAGUAACAGUGGAGGUGGUAUAAAAUGGUUAAGAAGGCCUUAUCAAUGUUGAUUGUGAACACAGAUUGAAAUGUAUUGUUUACUAUGAGGAAUGUAUCUGAAGAAUUUUAAAAGAGGAGUUCUAAGUGGACUCGAAAAAGGUAAUAUUAAAAUUUUGCUUGUAAUGGACAGUAAAUGUUAAUUCUCUGAACUCUAAAGCACUGGUUGUUUAGAGUGAUUUAAAUGAAAUUGAAUCAAUAAAUUUUGAAACUUUUUUAUUACAUCUCCAACCUCCUACACUGAAAGUGCAGGACACCAAUAAACAUGUAUUAAAGUGAA